AUGGGUCAGGGCAUGUCAUGGCUGUCCGGCCUGCUGUGGGCGAAGAAGGAAAUAAGGAUACUGAUCCUGGGACUUAUAGGAGAAGUGGUCACAACGAUACCUACGAUUGGGUUCAACGUGGAAUCAGUUACAUACAAGAAUCUCAACUUCAAUGUCUGGGAUCUCGGUGGCCAGACGAGUAUCAGGCCAUACUGGAGAUGCUACUAUGCCAACACUGCGGCUGUCAUUUUCGUCGUCGACUCUACUGAUAUCGAGCGUCUACAAACCGCCGCCGAUGAGCUAGCUGCAAUGCUCAACGAAGAAGAGCUAAAGGACGCCGCGCUUCUCGUCUUCGCAAACAAGCAAGAUCAGCCCGGCGCAAAGGGCGCAGGCGAUAUUUCUCAAGCCCUGCGGCUCGGCGAACUAAGAGAUAGGAACUGGAGCAUCAUGGCAUGCUCAGCGGUGGACGGCAGCGGUGUCAACGAGGGUAUGGACUGGUUGGUGCAAACGGUAUCGCAAGAUUAA